UGUACUUUCGUUUUGAACUGUUGGUUAUACAACGACUAAGAUAGGACUGUUGUAGUAUUGCAAAAAAGGAACAGACUACUUCGUAGGUCUGCCAGUACUGUUGACGAUAAGGGAUACAUGUGUAGUGAAAGAUAAGGUCUAUUAACCGUGGCUAUAAAAGUACGGCGAUUGUGUUUCGUGGUUCUUUUCACAAUGGAAGGUUUAGCGAUCGUUUUCACUGCUCUUGUGGCCGUGUUCGUUUUCGUCGAGGGGGGUCCACUCCACGCAUCAUGUAAGAUACAGUGGGAGCUUCCAGCUGUAGACUGCGCGAAAUUUUCAUCAGACAUUCAGGCCCAGGCCAAGAAGUGGGAAACGGCAGACAACUGUGCCAAUGGUGGAGAAAAAUGCCUCUACAAGAUCUCCGAUGUGUCAGAUGCUGAGAUCAAAGGAACUCACGAAACCCCCGUCAAACACUACAAGGAUGACAUCAGCUUUAAACUGACCAAGGCGGGAACAGGCUGUAAUGUAGAGGGUUUUUCAACAUCAGAGACGUGGUACGCUGUUUUGGACUACGGAACGAAUUACUGCAAUCUGGAAAAUCUUAUCACAGGUGCUGGUCUGAAUGCCACUGCGAACUACAAGGAGACUACCAGUGAUGAUGUAUGUACACAGUAUUCCAGUCAUGACUGUGAGAAAUACUGAGAUCCCCUGUGGGACGACAGGAACAUGUGCGCCAGUUCAGUGAUCCUCAGACUGCAUCAUGAUUUGACUUAUUCAGCAGUAGUAAUUUUGCUAAAAAACGCUGUUUUGUAUUACAAUUUUACAAUACUUUUCUUAAUUUGUUGAAAAUAAUAAAGCUUUAAAUACA